AUGGCUUCUUACACUCCAAUGUGUUUGGUCUUCUUGGCAAUUUUAAUCAGUCGUCCAAUCAUCGGAGUUCAAGUAUACGAACAACCGGAAUUCAAAUCAUCUCGUCAUGUUGAUGAUGGUGCACAAUCAAAAAGUACUGUCUUAGUUAGACAAUUUACAAUGGGAGGUGGUGCUCAUAUUUCUGGUUCUGCCAAUGGCUUUAGUCAUGGCCAAGCUGGAGCAUCAGGCAUCGGUAGUGGUUCAUCUCAUGGAUUUGGCCAAGGUUUCAGCAGUGCAUCUAAUAAUGGUGCAGGUACUUUAGGAGCAAGCUAUUUGAAUAACAAUAAUGGAGGAUUUGGGAACGGAGCAGCUGGAAGUGGCAAUGGAUUCGGAAGUGGAUCUGGCAACGGAAAUGGAUUUGGCGAGGGAAGUGGAAUAGGAACUAGUGGUUCGGGUGGUGGUUUUGGGGGAGGUAGUGGAUUUGGAGGUACUUCUUCUGGUAGUGGUGGACAAGGUUUUGGAGGAGGGAAUGGUCAAGGCGCGACUGGAAAUUUUGGUAAUGGUGGAUUAUCAGAGGGUAAUGCCGCAAAUGGAUUAGGAGUUAGUGGUGGAACGACAUCUGGAAAUGGGUUUAGUAGUGGUAAUGGAGCAGCAUUUGGAAGUGGCUUCGGUUCAGGUAAUGGUGCAGGUACCUCUGGAGCUGUAACCGGGAAUGGAUUUGAGUCUGGUAAUGGAAAUGGAUUUGGGUCUGGUAACGGAAAUGGAUUUGGGUCUGGUAACGGAAAUGGAUUUGGGUCUGGUAACGGAAAUGGCUUUGGUACUUCUGGUACAAGUGGUGGUUUUGGGGGAGGUAGUGGAUUUGGAGGUACUUCUUCUGGUAGUGGAGGACAAGGUUUUGGAGGAGGUAAUGGUCAAGGGGCCACUGGGAAUUUUGGUAAUGGUGGAGUAUCAGGGGGUAACCUCGUAAAUGGAAUGGGUAAUGGUAAUGGAGCAGCAUUUGGAAGUGGCUUCAAUUCAGGUAAUGGUGGUAGCUCUGGAGCUGCAUCAGAAAAUGGAUUUGGGUCAGGUACUGGUGGUACAUCUGGGGUGGCAUCUGGAAAUGGCUUUGUUGCAGGUAAUGGUGGAGGUGGAUUUGGAGGUGGAUUUGGAGGUGGACAAAGUAAUGGAUUUGGAAAUGGUCAAGUAGCGGGAUUUGGGGAAGGUUUUGGGUCAGGAACAGGGGAAGGUUACGGAGAAGGCGAAGGAUUUGGUUCAGGAGCUACAUUCAAUGGUGGUUCUGGAAACUUACAAGCUCAAAAUCAAGUAUCUCAAUUAGGAAGUGGUGCAGGUGGUCAAGGUGGUGGACCAUCAGGAGGAGGUGUUGGAUUUGGUUUUGGUGGAUCUGGAAACGGAGAUUUCGAUAUAAAAAAAUGA